AUUUUUCGACUUCACAGGAAAAUUUUACGGAUAGGGAUUGUUCAUCAAAGUGAUUCUCGAUGAGCCAGAAAGUGACGGUUCUUUAUCCAGAUGGUCGUCGAACAACCAUCAACGUGACGCCGAAUACCAGCCUGUAUCAGGUUCUAGAAGAAGCAUGCAAGAAAAGAGAUUUUUCAGUGGAUGAUUAUUCGUUGAAGCAUUAUAAGACGAUCCUGAAUCCGAGUCUUACGGUCCGUUUCGCCAAUUUGCCGAACAAUGCUUUGCUCGAGCUUGUGGAAUCCGAAGCCAGUGAUACCAUUUCCGCAUCGAAAGUCACUAUUUGCUUGCAAGCAGAAGACGGGACGCGACAAACGUCGGAAUUUCAGUCGAGUGAAACCCUUUGGCACAUGCUGGAUAGCUUCAACUCGAAUGCCGGGAAGAGUAUUCUGAAAUUGCGAGGCGAUGUCGUUCCCGUGUGCGUGUACGCAAAUGCUGAAAUUGUUGGUGAGGAAGCUCUUCGAACGACUUCCUUGAGGAAGCUUGGCAUGAUCAAUGGUCGUCACAUGAUCAGACUUCUUCAUCGCCCACGAAUCGAAAUCGGUGUCCAAGCGCAUUCCUCUGUUCCUGUCGCGGAAGUGCCGAAGACUCAGAAGCCUUCAACUUCUCGAGAAACUUCCCCUCAGCGGUUGCAAGCGAAGAAGGAAGUACCCCAGAAAGCUGCUCCCAAACUUGGCUCGAGUGACAGUAAGCCUGUCGAAAAACAAAACACGCAAGUCAAAUCGGAGCGUUCCGAAAAGAAACCUCCGAAGUACGAGGUGAAACUUAACGUGAAAGAUUUUCGGGUUGGUGGGUCUUCAGCUGAAGCCCCUCGCGUGGAUGCUGGGAACUCGUCGAGGUCAUGGGAGGGAACUUCAGGGGUCACCUUGGGCGGAAAGACCGUCGCGGAUUCUCGUACACAUGUGGCGAAAGGAGACUCCGUUUUCUUGGAUGACGAAGGAACGCUGGCUUUCCACGCAGACUCAUCUGUGCAUGCGUUUCCUCGGCUCAAUGUCUCCGACGACUUUUUUCAGCAUACGGUUAACGAUGUGAAGUACCUGUACAGGGCACUAAAAUCCGAAAGAGAAGCAAUGGAAGAAGCUCCGUUGAUGACGGCAGAACAGAGGAAAGAACGAGAACGUCAACGCAAAUUAGCAGCCUGCGGAGGAGUUUGCAUCUUGCGCAUUCGUUUCCCUGACAAAAUCGUUCUGCAGAGUUUAUUUUCACCCGAGGAUAAUAUCGGUGCUGUGAAAGCGCGUGUUCGGAAAUUCCUACAAAAUCCGAACACUUCCUUCUUCUUAUAUGUCACUCCACCGCGACGUGUUUUGAGCGACCAGGAUACGUUGAUUUCAAGUGGCUGCUGCCCAACUUCAUUGCUCUUCUUCGGCACGGACGACACUGAGCAAGAUUCUUUUCUGAGUGAUAAGGUGAUGAAGAAUUUAUCGACGGCUACGGGCGCCAUUUCGUGGGCACAGCAAAACAGAAAGAUUGUCAACGCGGUCAUUCCUGCGUCAGAAAACCCGAAAGAAGCCUUGGCAGAUUAUCUUGGUGCUCAUGCUAUACCAGACCGAUCUGCAGGAAAAGGUCAGACGAAUGGCGCACCUGAAAAUCGCCGAGACCCUCCUGCAGACAAUGCACCUGUGCCGAAAUGGUUCAAAAUGAAAAGAUAGAAGUUGCAGAUUUUCGUGAACUUUGUCCUUGAAAAGCAUGAUACAAUUUUUUUCGAAGUUGAAUUUUCCCGGAAGCGAAAUGAAUAUUCAAAUCUAGAUUGGGUGCAUUGCACGGUCAUUUUUAUUCUGCGAAAUCGAAAUAAAUGUGAAAAAAGCAAGA